AAUCCGUCACAUUCAAAAAUGAAACAAAAGCAAAAUCUAAAAAAAUAGGAUGAAUGCCUUCAAAUCCAAUCUCUCUACACAACAUAACUUCACUUCACUUCAAUUUUACUGUUUUGUUUGUGAGCCUAAAUUUUGUCUCAUCACCUACCAUUGAUAACUCCACACCCACCACUUCACCUUAUUCUCUCUCCUCUUCUUAUUCUUCUUCUUUCUCUCUCUUCCCUCACCCACACUCAAUACCAAGAUAUACUCUCAUUUUAAUAAAUCAAAAAUACAAAUACAAAAUUUAUAAGUUUGCAAAUAAUUUCCAUGUCCCUGUUCUUCCCAGCUCAAAAAAGCUACUGUCUUUUCUACCAUUUUUGGGAUAUUAGGGUUUCUAUUCAGGGAUUUUUUGCCCAACAAGUGUGGUGGGAGAAAGCUCCAUUUCAGCUUAGAUUUAAAGUUUCUACAUUUUUCUCUAAAACCCACAAAGGAAACCCAAUAGUUUCUUGUAUUUAAUUCUUAUUUAGCCUGGAUUUUGCUGAAAGAUUAGUUCUUUUGUUUUGUUUUUGGCUGUACUGUAGUUUAAUGGUAGCCCAUUUCAUGGGCUUUGCUGAAUUUCUUGUUGGAGAUUCAAUUUGGACUGGAUUUUUGGUGUGAUUAAUUGGGUUUUGGGAUCUGAAAUUUACAUUCAGGUUAUUUAGCUUUUGGAAAAUGGGUGAUCUUAAAGCUGAGUUAUCCAGAAAUGCAAUAUUUGGCUUAAAUGUUUGGGAACUAAUCGCAAUAUUUGUUGGUCUGUUCCUCAUUGUUAUUAUUGCUCUUGUACCUCUAUGCCUUAUGGCACGCAAGAAAGCUAAGACUAGGAGAGCUAAAGGCAACAUACCCGUUAGUCAAAUUCCCUCGAUUUCGAAAGAAAUAAAAGAAAUUCGAGUGGAGCAUAUAUCUACAAAUGCAUAUACUCCUGGUCAAGGGAACUAUAUGACACUCAAGGAAAAAUUUAGUGAUAGGGAUUCUGAUAAAGUGGUUGUCAAUGAAGAUUCAGGGAAAAUGAGAAAUGGUGAUGCUAGUAGCCAGUCGGGUUCUUUUCAUCGUUUUGAAGGGGGUGGUGGUUCUAUUUCCGGAGAUGAAGUGGGUUCUGGUUCUGGGACAUAUGCUAUUUUUAAACCAUCUUCCUCUCAUCCAAUAACCGCUCCUUCUCCACUAUGUGGUUUGCCUGAAUUUUCACAUUUGGGCUGGGGUCAUUGGUUUACCUUAAGGGAUCUUGAAGUUGCAACUAACAGAUUUUCGAAGGAGAAUGUCAUCGGUGAAGGUGGAUACGGAAUAGUAUACAAAGGAACCUUGGUCAAUGGUACAUUAGUUGCUAUAAAGAGGAUUCUUAAUAACUUAGGCCAAGCUGAAAAAGAAUUUAGAGUCGAAGUGGAAGCCAUUGGCCAUGUCCGUCAUAAGAAUUUGGUCAGACUUUUGGGUUAUUGUGUUGAAGGAACUCACAGGAUGUUGGUUUAUGAGUAUGUUAAUAAUGGCAACCUGGAGCAAUGGCUUCAUGGUGCCAUGCGUCAACAUGGAUAUCUUACUUGGGAGGCCCGGAUGAAAGUGCUGCUGGGGACAGGAAAAGCUCUUGCGUAUUUGCACGAGGCAAUUGAGCCAAAAGUUGUUCACCGAGAUAUUAAGUCUAGCAAUAUUUUGAUUGAUGAAGAUUUCAAUGCAAAGGUCUCUGAUUUUGGUCUUGCUAAACUUCUUGGUGCCGGGAAAACUCAUAUAACGACCCGAGUUAUGGGAACUUUUGGAUAUGUCGCACCUGAGUAUGCAAAUACUGGUCUUUUGAACGAGAAGAGUGACGUCUAUAGUUUUGGGGUCUUGCUUUUAGAGGCAAUCACUGGAAGAGAUCCUGUGGACUAUGGCCGUGCACCACAGGAGGUGAAUUUGGUUGAUUGGCUUAAAAUGAUGGUGGGAAGUCGACGGUCUGAGGAAGUCGUGGAUCCAAAUAUUGAAGCAAAGCCAUCAACAAGGGCCUUGAAGCGUGCUCUUUUGACUGCGCUGAGGUGUGUCGAUCCAGACUCUGAAAAGAGACCCAAAAUGGGCCAGGUUGUUCGAAUGCUUGAAUCUGAGGAGUAUCCCAUACCUCGAGAGGAUCGCAGGCACCGAAGGGCUCGAGCAAAUAGCACAGAGAUUGAAUCCUCACAAAGGGAUUUCUCGGACACAGACAAAAGCGACAAUCCAGACUCAAGGUCAGAUGUGAGAAGGCUUCCACAAAUGUCGGGAUGAUCUCUUCCGAUUCAUGCGAGAGGAUCAUAAUGUGAUUUGAUUCCACAUUCCUGAUAGCCAACUUUCUUCUUAACUACCGCCUUUUCCUUUUUCGGAUGAAUGUUCAAAUAGGAAGAAAUAUGUUUUUUUUCGGUUUGUAUCGAUUUUUCCCUUGGUCUCUAAAAUCCUUUUAACUUUUAGUAAUAGGUAGGCAUAUAUUUUUGUGUAUGAAAGUGGUUAGUCCGUGAGCUAUGAAUUUUAUUUCCAUUUGGGGAAGGGGGGGUUUGUACAGAGGUAUAGUCAUUCUAAGCAAUUCAAAUUUGUUUCAUGAUUUAAUGUUAUCAAGGCCAUGUUAUUGUGUC